AUUCUCCUCGCUUCAUUUACUGACCUGCCAGAGCAGACGCAGACAGAACAUGGCUUCCACCUACUCCACCCGCAGCAGCUACAUGUCCUCCAGCGGCUCCACGCGUAUGUCCACGUCCAGCGUGGGAAGCAGCCGCAUGAGCACCGCGAGAGCCGGGAGCGUGUAUGCUGGAGCAGGAGGUUCAGGGGUCCGCAUCUCCAAGGCCACUUACUCCGUCGGCGGUUUCAGCGCGUCAGGAUCUGCAGACCACAGCAUCAUUGGCAAUGAGAAAUUCGCCAUGCAGAGCCUCAACGACCGUCUGGCUGCUUACCUGGUCAAAGUGCGCUCACUGGAGAAGGCCAACGCUGAUCUGGAGCUCAAGAUCCGCCAGUUCCUAGACGGCAAAGCCUCCCCUGUUGCUCGUGACCACAAUGCCCACUUUGUCACCAUAAAGGAUCUUCAGGCUAAGAUCAUGGCAGCCAUUCACCAGAAGGGUGGAAUCCAUCUCAGCAUUGACAACACCAGCCUGGCCAUUAAUGACUUCAGAAUGAAAUAUGAAACCGAGCUGGCCAUGCGUCAGUCCGUGGAAGCAGACAUCACUGGCCUGAAGAGGGUGCUUGAAGAGCUCAACAUCACCACAAAAGACCUCACCGUGCAGAUCGACGGGCUGAAGGAGGAGCUGGUCUAUCUGAAGAAGAAUCAUGAGGAGGAUUUGUUGGCCGCACGUGCACAAAUGAGUGGACAGGUUCACGUCGAGGUGGAUGCAGCUCCACAGCAAGACCUCACCAAGAUCCUGGCUGAAAUCCGGGAGCACUACGAAGCAGUCACAGCGAAAAACCAAAGAGAUCUGGAGCACUGGUUCAAGACAAAGACGGAAACUCUGAAACAGGAAGUUUCCACCAGCACCACAGACCUGAAAACAUCUCGCACUGAAAUCAACACGUUCAAAUCCACACUACAGUCUUUGGAAAUCGAACUCCAGUCCCUCUUAGCCGUGAAAGCAUCUAUGGAGGCCACGUUGAAUGACACCAAGAAUCGUUAUUCCAUGAAGCUGUCCAGCUACCAACAUCAGGUCACCAUCCUGGAAGAGCAGAUAGUCCACCUCCGUGCGGACCUGGAGCGCCAGCGUCAGGAGUAUCAGAUACUCCUGGACAUCAAGACCAGACUGGAGAUGGAGAUCGCUGAGUACAGGAGACUGCUGGAUGGAGAAACCACUGUCAAAACAACCUCCAGUUCCACCUCGAGGACAAAAGUCAUCACAGUUGUGGAAGAGGUUGUAGAUGGAAAAGUGGUCUCCAGCUCCACGUCCUCAACCAUGUCUGACAGACGCAUAAUUUGAUCGGCUGAAACGCCUGUUUGUGUUUGCACCAAGCACACAUCUGAAAACCAAAUAAAAUAAAGCAUCAUUUAAACUCUA